AUGGCUCCUGAUAACGCUGUCCUCGCCGUCGAUCAACGGCCGCCGAUUGAUCUCCUCUCGGACGACAUUCUCUGCUCGAUCCUUCGCGAAAUCGCUUCGGACGGCUCAAGUUUCUCACACGCAUUCGUCUGUCGCCGGUGGUUCCGCCUCGCGCUCCUCGCGCAAUCCGCCAUCCGUCUUCCCCCCGACCGCUGUCUCUCCGCGCGCACGCUUCUUUCCGCCUCCGCGCGGUUCCCGCACCUCACGGCCAUCUCCGCGCCUGAUCGCGCGCUCGGGUUCAUCCCCCUCCGUUUCUUCCGGGAUCUUCCAACGCAAUGUCCGGAACUGACCAGCCUUCAUCUCGGCAAAAGAAUGGUCAUUUCCCUCACUCCUCCUACUAGCACCCGCUCUCCCUCACCUGCCACUGGAGCCAGCGCGACCAAGCGAACCGACCUCCACCGCUUGGCACUCCCCCUCUCUCUCCGCCAUCUGCACUUACAAUGCCCUUCGUUACAGUCACUCCCGGACUCCAUUACCCUCCUCUCCUCCCUCACUCACCUCAGCCUCGUCUCCUGCUCCUCCCUCCGUCUCCUCCCUCCCUCCAUCAGCAUCCUCUCCUCCCUCACCUCCCUCACUCUCGACAACAUUCCCCUCCUUUCCUCCCUCCCUCAAUCUCUCGGUUCCCUCUCCUCCCUCGUUUCCCUCCACCUCUCCUCCCUCCCAUCAUGCACCGAGUUUCCAGAAUCCAUUGGGGAUCUCCACUCAUUACAAGAACUCUCCGUUAGUAACUUUGGCGAGCUACAGGAACUGCCGUCGUCCCUCUCCCGCCUCUCCUCCCUCCGUCGCCUAACCAUCGUCAAUUGCGACGAUUUGAUCGCGCUGCCCGAAGGUUUCGGUCAGCUUGAAAGUCUGGAAGAGCUGACCGUGCAGCAAUGCCAUUGGCUGGAGUAUCUACCCGCUUCUUCCUCCUCCCUCUCCUCCCUCACCCAACUGACCAUCAACGACUGUAACUGCCUGACUCGCCUUCCUUCCACACUUGGCCUCCUCUCCAAUCUCAAGUCUCUCAAACUAUCCGACCUCCUCCUCCUCUCCUCUCUCCCCCCCUCACUCUCUCACAUGAAUCACCUCACCCUCCUCUAUCUGCACCGCUGCGACUCUCUCUCUAGCUUUCCCCCCUCUCUCUUCCACCAGCCGUCCCUGGAGCAUCUAACAAUAACCAACAUGAAGCACCCUGUUCUCUCCUCCCUCCCCCUUGACUUUGGCCACCAUUUACCCCGUUUGAAGGAGCUUCGUUUGGCUGAGUACGAUAUCAACAUGCAAAACCGACCGAGGCUCAAGGCGCUACCUCCCUCGCUCCCCCAGCUUGCCUCCCUUGAGCUUCUCUCACUCGCCUCCUUCUCCCACCUCUCUGCCCUUCCAGAAGACAUUUCCCGCCUCUCUUCCCUCCACACACUAGAAAUUAAGGGAGUCUCCUGUCCCUCCCUCACUCACUCCCGCUCCUCCCCUCCCUUCACACGCUCCAUCUCUCUUCCUGCCUCUCACUCUCCUCCCUUCCUCCUGAAAUAUUCCUCUUAUCCUCCCUUCACGCACUCUCUCUCUCAGACUGCUCCGCGCCUUAUGCAUCUUCCCUUGGAGUGUGGUUCUGAGCUGGGUGGCAGUCAGUCUGACAGUGAGGAAGGAGGAGCAGAAAAGGCACCACUAGCAGCAGCAGCAGCAGCAGCAGCAGCAGCAGCAGCAGCAGCAGCAGCAGCAGCAGCAGCAGCAGCAGCAGAAGGAGCAGAAGCGGUGGUGGUGGUGAUUGCUGGGAAGGAGCAGGGGGGUGUUCCAAACAUACACCACCUGCCCUCCCUCCAGGAACUCAAGAUUGAUUCUUGCCAUGCCAUCUCCUCCCUCCCCCCGACGCUCCUCCUCCUCCCGUCCCUCACACACCUCGAACUGGACUGCCUCAAUUCACUCAACUCCAUCCCUUCUCCCCCUGUCCGUCCACCCCCCUCCCUGUCUCCCACAUCCUCCACACGCUCUCGCUUCCCGAUUCGCUCCAUUGUUCUGCGCUCCCUGAGGCUGGUUUCGCUCCCCUCGUGCUUCCCACUCCUGCCCCAUCUCACGUCUCUCUACCUGUUCGGUAUGCAACAGCUGCGCUCAAUUCCUUACUCCUACACUGAUGCUGGUGAUGGUGAUGAUGAUGAUGGUGCUAGUGAUAUUGACGCAGCUGGUGAUGAUGAUGUUGCCGCUGAUACUGCUGGUGAUGAUGAUGCUGCUGCGGGAACAGAGCGACAGGGGGGGGAUAGUGGUGCAGAUGAGGAGGAAAGAGAGGGCUCUGAGGGUUGGGGGGGGAGUGGAGAGGACGAAGCAGAAGUGGAGGGAAGUGAGGGAAGCAGGGAAGAUGAGGAGGCUGAAACAUCCGAUCUGAGAGGGAGUGAUUCAAGUGGAGGAACGAGGGCAGGCGGAAAAGCAGCAGGGGGGAUUAAGGGAAGAGGGCGGUGA